GUGGAUGAUCAGCUACCAUCAUCAGUCUUUUAAACAAAAGUUCAAGAAGGUUUCACAGCAACUUUACUGUAGUCUACUUCCCCGACCGCUGACAUGUCUUCAAUGAAUAGCUGGUGGAUUACAUGCAUUGUUUUACUUCAUUCCGCUUAUUUGGGAUCUUGUGAUUCAGACUCUGGAAUAGCAGAUGGAGCCCAGCCUGAGCUCUUCAUUUUCCACCAGUCGUGCGCCCUGAAGAAGGACGAAGGGCCCUGCAAGGCAUUAAAGGAGCGUUUCUACUUCGACAUAGACACGGGCCGCUGUGAGGCCUUCGAGUUCGGCGGCUGCAGAGGCAACGCCAACAAUUUUGAGACCUUGGAGGCGUGUGAGGAAAUGUGCCUGGUGUCUGUUGACAAGAGUCCCUGUCACCUGGAGGAGGCUCCUGGGCCAUGUCGAGGUCUGGUAACUCGCUACUUAUUUGACAACCAGAGCCAGGAGUGCAAGCACUUCUACUAUGGAGGCUGCUUCGGCAAUGCCAACAACUUCAAGAGUAUGAAAGAGUGCCAGGCUAGAUGCCAGAACCCAGAAAACCCCACUGUGGCCCUUAAAUUGGAUGUGGCCCCUAAAUUGGAGGUCACCGUCCCAGAACCCCAUAGCCAGCCUAGUGUGCAGUCUCUCAAAGUAACUGACUUCAAUCCUCCGGACUUGUGUCUCAGUCCCAUUGACAAGGGCACAACAUGUGAUGGAGAGGAGAGAACUGAGAGGAGAUACGUGUACAACCCCAAGACAAAGAGAUGUCAGUCGUUGCGCUACAAUGGCUGCGGGGGCAACAAGAACAACUUUGUCCACAAGAGACACUGCAUGAAGAUGUGUAUGAAGCCAGAUCACCAUCACAAAGGGAGGGUCAUUCGUAUAAAGAAGAAGAACAGCAACAUCUUGUUUCGAUCUGUCUAAAUUAAGGCUUCAUAUUAUACCCUUCCUACUUCCUAUUAAACCCUUCCUACUUCCUAUUAAACACUUCCUACUUCCUAUUAAACCCUUCCUACUUCCUAUUAAACCCUUUCUACUUCCUAUUAAACCCUUCCUACUUCCUAUUAAACCCUUCUUACUAAUAUUAAACCCUUCCUAUUAAUGUUAAACCCUUCCUACUUCCUAUUAAACCCUUCCUACUUCCUAUUAAACACUUCCUACUUCCUAUUAAUAUUAAACCCUUCCUACUUCCUAUUAAACCCUUCCUACUUCCUAUUAAACCCUUCCUACUUCCUAUUAAACCCUUCCUACCUCCUAUUAAACACGUCCUACUUCUAUUAAACCCUUUCUACUUCCUAUUAAACCCUUCCUACUUCCUAUUAAACCCUUCUUACUAAUAUUAAACCCUUCCUACUAAUAUUAAACCCUUCCUACUUCCUAUUAAACCCUUCCUACUUCCUAUUAAACCCUUCCUACUUCCUAUUAAACACUUCCUACUUCCUAUUAAUAUUAAACCCUUCCUACUUCCUAUUAAACCCUUCCUACUUCCUAUUAAACCCUUCCUACUUCCUAUUAAACCCUUCCUACCUCCUAUUAAACACUUCCUACUUCCUAUUAAACCCUUCCUACUUCCUAUUAAACCCUUCCUACUUCCUAUUAAUAUUAAACACUUCCUACUUCCUAUUAAACCCUUCCUACUUCCUAUUAAUAUUAAACCCUUCCUACUUCCUAUUAAACCCUUCCCACUUCCUAUUAAACCCUUCCUACUUCCUAUUAAUAUUAAACCCUUCCUACUUCCUAUUAAACCCUUCCUACUUCCUAUUAAACCCUUCCUACUUCCUAUUAAACCCUUCCUACUUCCUAUUAAUAUUAAACCCUUCCUACUUCCUUUUAAACCCUUCCUACUUCCUAUUAAACCCUUCCUACUUCCUAUUAAACCCUUCCUACUUCCUAUUAAUAUUAAACCCUUCCUACUUCCUUUUAAACCCUUCCUACAUACACUACUUUUGAAUGAGUCUUUAUUUAUAUCAUUCUUAUUUGACUUUGGUAUGUCCUUGUAGUCUUGCAGCAAUUGUAUCAAAGGCUUGUUUUGGCCUAUUGUGUGAUGUUGUAUUGCUCAUUGUAACCUUUUAACACUUUGUAAGAAGAUGUUUUUAGUAAUAUCACAAUUGUAUACAUUUUUUUUACUGUCACAUACCAAAUACCAGUCUAUAAUUGUAUUUUUCUUUCUUCCUGAGGACACCAGACAAGUUGUUUUAUUGACAAAUGAUGAACAUUCAUUAUCCCAAAAGCACUGUACAUGUAAUAUCAUUCAAUAAAGUACAUUAUCUGUA